CAAAAAUUUCAAAAAAAAAAAACUAUUAAAAUUGUGCAAUCUAACGGUAAGGUGCUUGUAUCAGGACGAGUGACAGUUUGUGAUAUUAAAAAUAAUUGUGCAACUAUCAUCAUGCUUAUAAUAUAUAUCUAUAAUGCACGUCUAAUUAUCGAAAAAGUAUCAAAAGUCCAAGAGGCUUGUUUAAAAUUCGUUCACAAGAUUUGUGAUGUUGUUGCACAUGCGAUCGAAGACAAAGAAUCUCAAUAUAAAACGAAGGCGUAGUCCAUUACUAUGUAUUGACAGUGCUUGCGAUAACGGUACCAUUCGUCGAUCCAAUGACACACUUACCUCCAUAAAUCAAAUUCUUACCAUUUCCUACAUUUGCACGUUGUUCGUGAUGACUCAUACGAUAAUUGAUCGACAAUUAAAAAUAAAUGGGAUAAUUAAAGUAAAGAAUAAAAUUGAAAUUUUUUCAACGAUUAAGCGUGCUCUGGAUACGAUAUGAUUUUUGUAUAGAAAUAUAUUUGAUAACUGUAUAUCUGCAAUGCCCGCAUAUAUCAUCAAAAUUAAUGACCGGCAACUAGUUAGAACCGUUAGAAUAUUAGAAUAGUGUCAGUGCGCUUUUUAGUCGUUAGAAAUUGUCACUGCAGUUGACGCGAGCUAUGCUCUUUGCUUGAAUUCUUGUUUUUCGAGUUAUCAAAUUGUGUCAGCCAGGUGCUUCGUGAUGGUUUCGACCUGAUUUCUAUCAGACUGUCACUUUCGAUCAUUUUUAAUACCACGGUGAUGAGUGAUUUUUCAUUUCGUUUCAUUCACCCUAUAUUGCUUUGUGCUAUAGUCGGUGAUAUACAGUCAGUUGGAUGUAUCGCACUUUCGAUCAAACAAUAUUAAGUCAGUCGUUGUUUCCAAGCAACGACAAUUCCAAUUGAUAUGGGAGUUUGUACGGUGCUUCGGUUGUAUUUAGUAGUAAGAAAGUUUCCUUUGAGUGACAAUGAUUUUUUAAAGAAAUUUCUCAAGCUUGCGAUUGAGAAAUAAUUAUUUUGAAAAUAUAAUAAAACCAAAAGUGAUGUAUUUUUCUGAAGUUGAAACAAAAUGGAUCAAAUUUGGAAAUAUUUCAAAUAUCGUUUUUCUAAGCAGAGAUACUGUAGCUUUGGCUGGGGGAGUUCAUGUUUAUUUUUUGAAUUUAAAUACAAAAGACGAAAGAAUCGAGACGUUUGACAGUAAAGAUAAGGGUGAAGGUGCAUCAUGUUUAUCUGGACACCCAAUUGUUCCGAUGUUUGCUAUAGCCGAAAAAUGUUCUAAUCCAAGAAUUUUGAUUUUCACUUAUCCGGGAAUACGACGAAUAUCGACGUGUAUUUUGAAAAGUGGUUUGUCUCACUAUUCAUCCACCUCUUUUGCUGGCACGGAAUUUCUCUUGAGCCUGACGUCAUUUCCGGAUUUUCAAUUAAUCAUAUGGCAAUGGAGAACCGGAGAAAAGUUGUCUGUCAUCAAUACAAAGUUGAACGAUGACUUUCAAGAACUCAGAUGCUCCCCUAUCGCGCCGUACUUGGUAUCGCAAUUUGGAAAAACGACUGGAAAAUUAUUGAUUUACGAUAUACACGUUUGUUCGAAAAUCAUAAAUUUAGUACCUGUCGACAUCGAAUCUUCGGACAACAAAAUUGUAUCAACAAGAUGGAAUCACGAGGGAAAUCUUGUAUCUUGUACAGCAACAGGAGGCGUGCUGUUGUUUAAUAUCGAAACAAAAAAACAAUACAUUAUACACGAAACAAGAAAGCAGCAAAACUUUCAAGAACAAGAACAAGUCCCUAUAGCCGUUCCAUAUCAAAAUGGAAUUAUCUUCGUAGAUUCUGAAUCAAACAUGACGUUUUACAGGAAGUCGACAGAACUUCACGAUACAAAAUGGGUAGCAACGUGGACCAUAAAGUUGGAUUCGCAUCCGCUCCUGAUGGCUAGUCAUCCUAGCAGAGAUGGAAUUGUAUUUUUUGGAAACAAGGGAGAUCUCUUCGAAAUUAUUAUUCCUGACGAUACCGUAGCAAAAAUCGAUUUUAAAUCGAAUCAAGGAACAAAUUUUAAUAUUCUCACUCGAUUUAAUUUCAAUGAUCAAUAUGUAAUAGCUAUUGAUCAAUUCGGUCGAUUGAAUGUGAUCGAAGUGUCAUCCGGCUAUGUGAUUGGGAAGAUUGAUUUGAAUGAUUUUGGUACAGUUCUCGAAAUUACUUCGCAUCCACAUUUACCGAUAAUGGCAUUGUGCACUUCGAGUGGGAUAUGUUUGUUUCUUGAUAUUUUGCGACCAGCCGAACCAGAUAUUUUGACAUCGUUUUAUCUGAACAAAGAAGCUUUGAAUAAAAUAAAAUUCUCUGACACCGGAAAUAUUUUGGCAAUUACCAAUUGCUAUACAGGCAAUACGUUUUUCAUUGGUGAGAACGAUGAUCAACGUUACGACGUAUUGUGUCAUAUUGAAAUUGGUGCGCAGAUCGUCGAUUUUUUAAUUUAUACCAUUUCCGAAGGCUGGAAAAUUCUUUUUCUCAUUCGUACCAAAAGCUGCGCCUUGAUCGGUGACAAAAUUUUGGUUUACACGAUAAAGUCAUUUCGAUGGUCAUACGAGCGAGAGGAUUAUGUAAUCGAAUUAUUAAAUUUGUUUCAAUCGCUUCAUCAUGGAAUAAAUAAUCAUUUGGAAGUUAUCGGUUCACCGUAUCUAUCGAAGCAGUUGCACGUGAUGGAAAUUCAGAAUGAUUUUCGAAAUGUCACUCUCACUCGUGCAGUAUCUUCUGGUCAUCAAUUGAGAAAUAUAGGAUUGAUCAGUGAUCGAUUUUAUAUCGUCACUGUUGGUUAUGACGGUUUAGUCAUUGUUAGAGACGGAUUUGGUAUAACAAAAAUUUUGACUAUAUGCAAGCCGUAUCAUAGAUGUGAUUUUGGUGCAAAAACAGCAACAAUUCCUCAGAAUGGAGAAAUCAUUGUUUGUCUAGGCAGAAAUGGAAAUAUUGUUGCGAUGAAAAUUUUUUACAGUCAUUGCGAGUCCCACCAGAAACGUUUGACACGUACAAAAAUCGAUUUGGCUCAAAUACAAGAACGAAUGGCUAGAUUUCGUACAAAAAUCAGCGAACCAAAUCUUGAGACCGAAAAAGCUUGGAUCGAACUUGACGAACUUGCAAAAUUGAAAAACGAUAUCGAAGUAUCCAUGCCAUUAAAAGUUUCUAUACUAAAAGAUUUCGAAAAAAUAAAAAAACAGGUGGCAGAUUUACUUGAUGCAAAUGAAAUAGAAAAUGACGAAGCUCGACUUCCAAUUUCAGCUUUUGAUUUGGACGAAACAGAGCGAAGUUUGAAGAUCGCGAAAGCGCAGGAAGAUCGAGAACAGUGGAGAAUAAAAAUCGAAACCCAAAUUUUACGUCAGGACGAGGUAGCAGCGUACUUGAAAAAACAUUGCUGGGAUACAAUGUCGGUCCGCGCAUGCGCGUUAUUGUCAUUUCGCAAAGGAGUCCAGGUUAAUAAUUACGCUUUGCCGGUAAUAACAAAUGAAAAGAAUGAUAUAAAAAUUUGGCAAGAAUUUCUCCUUCAAUUGUCCACGUACUACCUCGACGCCGAUUUGUUUUCAAGACGAUCAAAUACUGCGAGAAAUUCUCAUAGCUUUGAUACGGAUACGAACAAUUUGGAUAUGAAAAAUUUAAAUUCGUCAAUACAAGCGAAUCUGUCGAACAAAAAUGAUUGCAGUACCGAAACAACUGAAUCAAACAUUGUACGGGUGUAUCGUACAAAAGCAAAAGAACAAGAUGAGCUUGAAUGCGAAGAACAAUUGGCUCUGAUUGGUACAACAUCCAAUAGAUGGAUCCCGAGUAGCAAGUUUUGUUAUACGCCUAAGGAAUUGAGGUAUCACAAUUGUUCGAUCGGUAAUGUAGAAGCCGUUGUUGUGGAUAAUCAAAAACAAAAUUUAAAGCUUCAUUUGAACAAAUUGUUCGAUACAAUGAGGUCUGCGAAAUACGAAAAAAUGUUGUCGAUCUCUCAACGCAUGGAAAGACUGUGUUAUUGUGCAAAAGAACUGAAGGAUAUGUUCGGAUUAAAUUAUCCGGUGUAUAAAAUAGCCGAGACCAAGUGGCAUCGUACGGAAGAUCCAGUAACAAUAAUUUCUGUGGAAAAUUAUGAAAUUUCGGAAAAGCCAUAUGUCUCGCCGAGAACAAAAGUUAAACAAGAAGCAGCCAUCCGAGAAAAAGACAAAAACAAAGUUAUUGAAUUGGAGGAUUAUUUAUUCCUGAACGAAGCGUUGCAAGUUAUGAUGGACGGAGUGCUUGAAGUAAAGUGGGAAGACGAAAUAAAAAAAAAUAUUCCAAAGCCUGAUUGUCUGCUACACAAGAAUCCUGAUAAAUACACAGAGGACGACGUCGCGUGUAUAAAAGCGUACGAAGAAAAAGUUAAGACUUUGGAAGCUGAACGAGAAAAGUACAAAAAUUAUUUAGAAGCAGAAUUCGAAAAAAUAAAAGCUUCCUUAGCAAAUGACGUCAAAAAGUUUGACGAAAGUUUACACGGAUUCUUCAUCGAAACAAUGAAAAUACGUUCGGCGGUGCUUCAGGAGAGUUCAAGAAUACUUCAAAAAUUUCAUAGACACCUACUUUUGCUUUGCUGUCUUCGUGAAAUUUCGCGGGUCAAAACAACGGAACUUCGGCCCCUUCUGAAGGAGAUGGAAGAUUUAUCAGAAAAAUUGUCAAUCCUGGAGGAAGCCGUGAUCGACGUAAAAAAUCGCUAUGAAAAUUUGUGCAAGAGAGAGAAAUUGCUAGAGGGUAAAUUUCGAGGUGAAUUCAACGACCUGAAGCAGCCAAUGAUGGAACAUCUUUUGAGACAUUAUCGAAGAAGACCGCGAGCAGGCCAGAUAACGUGUACGUCGAUAACCCAUCUUACCGACGUAGGAAAGUGCGUUGUUACCGGCGAUAAAUCCGACAUCUUACCCAAAGAGUGUUUGGAUUUUCUCAAAGGAUUAGAAAUCUUGGACGUCAUGCCGAACAACCUGCCGUCGCAAAUUGACAGCAGCCAUUGGUUCGUGUUGUGCAAAUUACGAAGAAUCAAAAUUGAAAUGGAAAUGAAGAUCAAGUCUUGUACCGUUGAACUUGCCGAAGCCGAACAAACAUUUUCCUCGUAUCAAAAACAUUGCCAAUUAAUUCAAACAAGAAUAACAAAUGUCAAAGAUAUUAUUAAAAAAUUGAAAAACGAUCGUUCCGAAAUUCUCGAGGACAGAGAAGUUCAAAUGGUCUUGAAAACGGGUCAAGUCGAAGUACAACUCCGGGGUGGUCCCAAUGAUUUUCAAAAUACAGUCUUAGUACCAACUGUCGAACUUCUACACGUGAACGAAGCAAUACUUGAGGCAGGUCGUGAAAAAUUAAAUUUCAUGAACAGAAGCUUGGAAUUUCGUAGAACAAUCCUGUACAAGGAAUGGCGCCACUAUCGUAUGAGAAUGACAGUUAACGACCUGAGGGACGAGUUGAAAGUGCUGGAAAGUGUGAAGAUCACUAAAAACAUACGCAAAUAUCUGACGAGUCGUGUUGAAAAUACGUCGUACGGUGUGAAGAACGUCGAGACUUGCGAAUCGAUUAUGAAAUCAACAAAACAGCGGUUCCAGAAAAUACUCGACAAGGAGAAAAGACGUUUGGACGAAAUUGUCAAAGAGAUACGAAAAUGGGAAUUGAGGAAUAAAAAAAUUCUUGACAAUAUCGAAAAUUCGAAAUCCGAACAUUUUCAAAUGGAAUUGCUCGCCCGUCAGGAUAUUUACAAAAAACGUGAAAAAUGGACAAACGAGAAGAUUAAUGCGAUAAUGAAAAAGGGACGAUUGUUGAAAAAUGUUCAUGAUAAUUUUGCGGAAUUGAUUUUGUUGAAAUCGCAACUUGAAUCAUUGAAAUUAAAAACUUAUCCUACGUUAAGAUUCAAAACUUACGAUAAUAAAUAAAUUAAUGUUUUACUUGUAAUAACGGAAAAUACGUUUAUGCUCUUAAGCAUAACUAUCGUGUAUUGCAGAAUUGCUGAUAAUCCAAGGAAAGUCUAAUACUUGUUUUCGAAGACUUAACCACUGAACCGAUAAUUGUUUGUUUGUUGUGACUUUGAAAAAUUAUUUAUGUUUUUUAUUUAAUUACUGAUAUGAUAUUAGAAUUCGCGGAAAAAUAUGAGAUUAGAGAAACUAGUAAGUUUGCAGAAUUACUUUUUUCUCGUUACAUAUCUAAAAGUUGCCUUAUCGCACCGCAUUAAUUUGGCCGCGAAAAAAAGAAAAUUAUCAUAUUACUUUUAAUAUGGCGUAAGAAAAAAAAAAGAUGAACAAAUUUUACGAGUUCAAUUUUUAUUUUAUUUAUCGCUUCCACUUGGCGCUAUCAAUUAUUUCGAAUGCGUUACUAACCAGAAACUGACUUCGGGGAAUUACCGGUUUCCUUCUGCGACACAACUGGCAUUUGACACGGCAAAGUGUAACCCGCCUUAGUGUAAGUAAACGUGCAUACGUGCGCUCAUGUGAACCAUCGAGGACACGCGACUAUUGAACUUGAAACUCGCUUACACUUAAAGCCUCCUUGAAAGUAAACAGCAGCAAAACGAAAUACUGCGAAACGAUUCGAAAACGAAAUUCAAUUAUUGCGUUUAUUUGAUGUAAAAAUGUAAAUAAUACUUGAACAUAAGAAUAACGUCUGAUAAUAUAUUUAUAAUCCAUAGAAACUUUUUCGAUAGGAAUAUCUCGUAUAAUAAUAAUAGUACGGGCCAAGAACGAAGAGAAAAAGAAAGUUACAUAGAGACGACCUAUUCUAAAUUUAAACAAGUCAAUUACACAAGCUUCAAAGAAAAAUAUUUACAAGCAAAGAAUACGAUUUUUACGUUUGCAGUAAAAAUUUCUGUUUGCCAUUAAUUGUCGACAAUUCGAAAACUCUACCAAGAAAUUAUUUUGUUCUUCGUUGUAUUCUACAAAAAGUUGUAUGCUAACAUAAUGCAACAAAAAUGAUUGUAUCUUCCAAACAAUGUACUUUCACAAAAAAAAUCAGUGUAGUUGACGAGAUAUGAAAAAUAAAUUUGGCUAAAAGUCACGUUGAAAGUUCAUGGCUCAGAU